CGGUUCUCCCUGAAGGAUGUCAAGGUUGAGCCGACGGGGUUGAAGGCCACCAACAAGACCAACAUUGGCAACACGUACGCCCUGGGCGUCAAGCACUCUGCCGCCACCAAGGCCAAGAUGUCGGCGGCUAACAAGGGCAAGCCCAAGACCGCCGCCCACAAGGCCAAGCUGUCGGCGGCCCGGAAGGGCAAGCCCAAGACCGCCGCCCACAAGGCCAAGCUGUCGGCGGCUAACAAGGGCAAGGGCAAGGGCAAGCCCAAGACCGCCGCCCACAAGGCCAAGAUAGCCAAGUCCAUGAUGGGCAACACCAACAACAUGAAGAAGGCGACCUAAGGACAUCAGCUGUGUACCUUACUGGCCUGGAUGGUUUGGCUUGUGUGAUGUGCAUGAGUAAUGUGAGAUGCUGGGCAAGAUAUUAGAGUGUAUUACAGGUCAAGUUAGCCUGCAACGGUGCGUUCAACAUGUCAGCAAGUGAUGUAGAUGCUUUGAAGAGUGCUGUCUGUUUUGUGGGUAGAGGCUAGUUCGGUCGACCGUUGGCCUGAGCUGAUGUGGUGUGGGCUCAACCCACGUUCUCUUUGAGGGGUACCAACUUUGUCAGUAUGGGAUGGCCCUUCUGAGUAACCUUUUUGGGGUACGUCGGGGGUCUGGGGGAGCCUGUACAUAUCAAGCACAAAUUAUGUUAUUUGUGUCUGAAGUGUGGGUUGCCUGGUCGCUGCCCGUAGACGAACUGCGCAUGUCCAGCGUUUGUGGUGGGGGUGUGCAAUGCCCUGUGGUGCUGAAUGUUGUUGGCACGGUUGAUGAAACACGCGAAAGUAUGUUCAGUUUACGAUUACAAAGUGGGGUUGUGCCGAAUUGUAGGUGGUGGCAGUGCUGUGCAAGUGUGAGGUUAAAGGGCAAGCAAGGGGCGUGCGGUGCGUGCCAUGUAGCGCAGGACCUUGUCUUGUGUAUGCAGGGUCGCGCACCGGUACCAGCAUUGGGGGCAUUUACGCAUAUGCUGUUGUGACAGGGGACGUGGGCUGAUGAAGGCCACAUGGCGACGGCGCUUGAGGCUGCGGAGUCUUGGACGGGAUGGGGAUGAUCAUGGCUCGGCGCGGGGCUAUGAGGUUGUAAUGUCACAGCUGG